UUUCAGUAUAGUUGUACUGUAACCGGAGGCAUUCUCUCUGUCCAACACGAAGGCCUAAGAUGUAUCUUGCAAGAACUCUGGUAGCAGCUCAACUUGUUGGCCUACUAUGUGCUGCCAGUUUUAGGAAUCUGGACCAAGACGAUAUUUUAAAAAUUAACCGUGAAAAACACCCAGUCAGAUUAAACCAUUUGAAAACUCACGCCAGUGCCCUUAAGAAAAACAGAGGAGAUGUAAAACUGAAAGAUAUCCAAGAUAUGUUUUAUGUUGGGCCGAUGGCCGUUGGCACUCCACCACAGAGACUAACGGUACUUUAUGACACUGGUUCUUCUGACCUCUGGGUGCCCUCCAGUCAGAUGUGCAAGACCGACGAGAAGUAUUGUCACCACCACAAAACGUACAAUGACAUGAAGAGCAAGACGUACAAAAAGGAUGGCAAGCCUUUUCAUAUUCUGCAUGGCCCUGGUUCUGUCUCCGGCUUUGUGUCAGACGACGACAUUAGGGUUGGAAGACUCAAGGUGACUCAGCAAGUCUUUGGAGAGGCCACUAGCAUCGAUAACUACACUUCAUCCCUGAAGUUCGAUGGUAUCCUCGGAAUGGCUUACCCUGCUCUCUCUAGCAUCGGAACUGAUCCUCCAUUCGUCAACAUGAUCAAGCAAAAUGUAGUCAGCAAUCCAGUCUUUGCUUUCUACCUUAACAAGGAGAUACAGGACCAGUUAGAACUCAGCAAGAAAACAGGUGCAGAGUUGGUUCUGGGAGGUGUAGAUUCUAAGCACUACCAGGGUCAGUUUACCUUUGCUCCCGUCAAUUCUCAGGUGUACUGGCAAUUUCAACUCGAUGGCGUUGUUCUGCAGCAGCAACAAAUCAGCCAGUCGUACCCUGCCAUCGUAGACUCAGGAACCAGCCUCAUCUGGGGGCCUUCUUCUGUCAUAGACCUCAUCAAUGAAGCUCUCGAUGGGCAUGAAGAACACGGUAUAUAUAUUGUUGACUGUUCAAAAAUCAAAUCAUUUCCUGAUAUAUAUUUCUCAAUCAGCAACACAAAAUUUGUUCUUCAUCCAAAGGACUAUGUUGUGAAGAUUAGAAAUGAAGAAGACAGUAUCAUCUGCAUCAGUGGUUUCAUUGGAAAGAAUGGGCUGCCUUUCUUCGUCCUUGGAGAUGUGUUUAUGCGCAAAUACUACACUCAGUUCGAUAUGGGUCAAAACAGAGUUGGAUUUGCCAUUGCUAAGUAAACAAUAGUUUGUUUAAAUAAACUAUCAUAGGCAUUUAUGUACAAGAUUUUAAUGUUUUGUUUUCAUGAUAUUCAAACCCAAAUAUUAAGUGCUGGCUGUUGUGAAACAACUAAAUUUUACCCCACAAGACCAAUGUUAAACCUCAAAUACUUCUAAUUAUUAGUAGUAGAGUCCAUGAGACAUGUCCAUUUUAAAGGUGUCAUUAAUGUCCAAACACUUUUUAGAUUUAUUUUAAAUUAUAUUUUUUUAAAUAUUUAAAUGAUAAAGUACAUACAAAGUUUUAGAUAUUUUUCUGGAUGCACAUUCAUAGCUUUAAAAUUAGUAACAUUUCUUCACCCGAUGACCAUAAAUAAGGAAUAGAUGUGUUUUGGAUUUUAAAUUAUUCUUAUGGAGUUAAAAUCAAAAAGGCCUCUAGUAUUGUCAACUCUUGUAAUAAUACAAGUAACAAAAUACUAUACUCAACCUUGAAAUAUUUAUAUGAUUUUAUUUCUUAUAUGAAAUAGUUUUUAUUUUCCAGCAGAUAGUGGUGGACUUUCAUUAUCACACUGUAUACUAUACCAUGUAAUUGUUAAUAUAUCUUUUAAUGUUCUUUUUCUUCUAUAUAUGACUACAAAUAAUUUUGUUCAAAAUAAUAAAAAUAAUACUGCUGUAUUGUA